CCCAAUUAGCCCUAAGCGGAAAUGAUGGGUGGGGCUUCUGUGAAGCUUUUUCUCCUGACUUCGCUGCUUCUUGUACGAGGUGAUCUUUACUUUCUUCCUAGUAUUCUUGUUAUACAGAGAAAGAGAUAGAGACCAGAGUUACAAACUCGCCUACCUCUGAGUAGCCUGGAAGUUAAUCUAUGAAGGAAGAGGGUUGAGUGGAAACAAUGCCCUGCCUCAAGGGGGCACAGUUAAGGUUAAAGCAGAAAAGGCGUAUAAUGAGGUACUGGAUAGCUCGCAUUGUCACUAGGAAGACAGGACAAUUUGGCUUGGAAAGUGGGGCCAAGACUGGUCAUGCACCUGAAACCAUGGUCAAAAUUACUCCACCGAACCCAACAGGUGGAAGCUGGAAGCCGAGUCAAUACUACGCCACAAGGCGAGAUGCAGAGAGCUGUGAUCGGGUGCAAAGAAGGGGGCCAUUUCUACCUUUACUAGACCAGACAGUCCACGUGGGAGCCGGAAGGCAGAUGCCAGCUUCCUCUCAGGCCGGGACACAGCGACACAUGCGGGGAGCCGUCUGCAUCAGGAGCAAGCUCGUGAAGUACUUCAGCCGGCAGCUGUCCUGCAAGAAGAAGGUGGCCCUGCAGGAGCGCAACGCCGAGCUGGACGGCUUCCCCCAGCUACGGCACUGGUUCCGGAUCGUGGACGUGCGCAAGGAAGUCCUGGAGGAAAUCUCCCCGGGCCAGCUGAGUCUGGAGGACCUGUUGGAGAUGACGGACGAGCAGGUGUGCGAGACGGUGGAGAAAUACGGGGCCAACCGGGAGGAGUGUGCCCGCCUCAACGCCUCCCUGUCCUGCCUCAGGAACGUGCACAUGUCAGGAGGCAACCUUUCCAAACAGGACUGGACCAUCCAGUGGCCCACCACGGAGACGGGGAAGGAGAACACUCCCGUGUGCCCCGCGGAGCCCACCCCGUGGAUCCGCACCCACCUCUCCCAGAGCCCCCGGCUCCAGUCCAAGUGCGCCCAGCACUUCUGCCACCCCAGCCCCACGCCCGGGGCCCCUGUGCACGCGCACGCGGACAGGCUCACCGUGGACGCCCACCCGGGCCUGUGCCCGCCGCCGCCACUGGAGUCGGGCCACCGUUCCCUGCCCCCGUCGCCGCGGCAGCGGCACGCCGUGCGCACCCCGCCGCGCACCCCCAACAUCGUCACCACCGUGACCCCGCCGGGCACGCCGCCCAUGAGGAGGAAGAACAAGCUGAAGCCCCCCGGGACCCCGCCGCCCUCCUCCCGGAAGCUGAUCCACUUGAUCCCGGGGUUCACGGCGCUGCAUCGGAGCAAGUCCCACGAGUUCCAGCUGGGCCAGCGCGCGGACGAGGCCCACACGCCCAAGGCCAAGAAGAAGAGCAAGCCCUUGAACCUCAACAUCCACAGCAGCGUGGGCAGCUGCGAGAACAUCCCAUCCCAGCAGCGCUCCCCGCUCCUGUCCGAGCGCUCCCUCCGCUCCUUCUUCGUGGGACAGGCGCCUUUCCUGCCCUCCACCCCUCCCGUGCACACCGAGGCCAGCUUCUCCGCAAACACGCUGUCCGUGCCGCGCUGGUCCCCGCAGAUCCCUCGCAGAGACCUCGGCAACUCCAUCAAGCACAGGUUUUCAACCAAGUACUGGAUGUCUCAGACGUGCACAGUCUGUGGGAAAGGGAUGCUUUUUGGCCUCAAGUGUAAAAACUGCAAGUUAAAGUGCCACAACAAAUGCACCAAAGAAGCCCCACCCUGUCACCUGCUGAUCAUCCAGCGAGGAGACCCUACGGACCCAGCAAGGUUAGUCCGGACCGAGUCCGUCCCGUGCGACAUCAACAACCCUCUGCGGAAGCCGCCCCGGUAUUCGGACCUGCACAUCAGCCAGACGCUGCCCAAAACCAACAAAAUCAACAAGAAUGAAGAGGUUGGACUGGAUGGUCCAGAGGGAUGUUUCCAGAUCUUAUCUGUGUGCAGAGAGAGGAAUGAUGCCAUCAGCCCUUCCCUGCACGAUCUGGUAAAGUUCCCCUCUGAUGGAACAUCGCUGCCAGUCACUGGGCCCACUGGGACACAGAUCCGGGUCUCCCCUGCGGAAGGAACUUCCCCUCCCACUGUAACGGUUCUGCCAGGGAAAGACCACAUCCCCGUCCCUUACCAGCCGGACUCCAGCAGCAACCCCUCCUCCACGACGUCCUCCACGCCAUCCUCGCCAGCGCCCCCGCUCCCCCCCAGCGCCACGCCGCCCUCUCCCCUGCACCCUUCCCCGCAGUGCGCCAGGCAGCAGAAGAACUUCAACCUGCCAGCGUCCCACUACUACAAAUACAAGCAGCAGUUCAUCUUCCCAGAUGUGGUGCCAGUGCCAGAGACGCCAACGCGGGCACCCCAGGUCAUCCUGCAUCCGGUGACCUCGAAUACAAUCUUGGAAGGAAACCCAUUACUUCAAAUUGAAGUGGAGCCAACCUCGGAGAACGAAGAGGCCCAGGACGAGGCGGAGGAGUCUGAGGAUGACUUCGAGGAGAUGAACCUGUCCCUCCUCUCGGCCCGGAGCUUCCCGCGCAAGGCCAGCCAGACCAGCAUCUUCCUUCAGGAGUGGGACAUCCCCUUCGAGCAGCUGGAGAUCGGCGAGCUCAUCGGGAAGGGCCGCUUCGGGCAGGUGUACCACGGCCGCUGGCACGGCGAGGUGGCCAUCCGGCUCAUCGACAUCGAGAGGGACAACGAGGACCAGCUCAAGGCCUUCAAGCGGGAGGUGAUGGCCUACAGGCAGACGCGGCACGAGAACGUGGUGCUGUUCAUGGGCGCCUGCAUGAGCCCGCCCCACCUGGCCAUCAUCACCAGCCUCUGCAAGGGACGGACGCUAUAUUCGGUGGUGAGGGACGCCAAGAUCGUCUUGGAUGUCAACAAAACCAGGCAGAUUGCCCAAGAAAUUGUGAAGGGCAUGGGCUACCUCCACGCCAAGGGAAUCCUCCACAAGGACCUCAAGUCCAAGAACGUCUUCUACGACAACGGCAAAGUGGUCAUCACGGACUUUGGGCUCUUCAGCAUUUCUGGGGUGCUGCAGGCUGGCAGGCGGGAGGACAAAUUGCGCAUCCAGAACGGCUGGCUGUGCCACCUGGCGCCGGAGAUCAUCCGCCAGCUGUCCCCAGACACGGAGGAAGAUAAGCUCCCGUUCUCCAAGCACUCGGACGUGUUCGCGCUCGGCACAAUCUGGUAUGAGCUCCAUGCCAGGGAGUGGCCUUUCAAGACCCAACCAGCAGAAGCAAUAAUCUGGCAGAUGGGCACAGGCAUGAAACCCAACCUCAGCCAGAUUGGCAUGGGAAAAGAAAUCUCGGACAUUCUUCUCUUCUGCUGGGCCUUUGAACAAGAAGAGAGACCUACCUUCACCAAGCUCAUGGACAUGUUGGAGAAACUGCCAAAGCGAAACCGCCGCCUGUCUCACCCUGGACAUUUCUGGAAGUCUGCAGAGCUGUGACCGCCGGACAGUGGGACGGCGCUCGGCUGCCUCGGCUCCCAAGCCUCCUCUCCUCCCUGUCCUGCCCUCUGUCAGCUCAGGAGGCCAGAGACCCACCGUCAGAGGGCACCGGCCCCGCCCGGCCUGGGAGCACUGCACGCCAGACCUGUGCCCUUCUCCUCGGGCAAGGGCUGGGGACCCCUGAGCUAGGACUGAACCGGACCGGCCAGGGCGACGGGGCAUUGAGCGGCGGGGCCCGGGGAGCGGUGUAGAGGGGACGCCACCGGCCGAAAGGGCAGCCCCUGGGCUGUGGAGACCGGGACAGGAGGCCCCCACGUGGGCAGGCUCGCAGGACCGGGCCGUGUGUCCCUGUGUCUGUCUGUGUGCAGUGCUGUUUGUCCUUGUGUCACCUCGACAAGCGAGAGCCAGGCAGCCGCAGCGCUGGAGCCCCCCUGGGCUGCUCGCGUCUCGUGGGGGCGCCCCGGCCCUGCGCGUGGGGAGGCGGGAUGGGGUGCAGGGCUGAGCGCCAGCUUAGUCGAAGCUACUAGGCUGAGAUCGGGGCGGGGAGGGGGGAGGGGCUAAGCUCGUUUCCCUGGAAACGUCUGUUUGCGGAGACCCCAACCCGAGCCCGUCAGGGUCUGUGUCUGUCACCUGUGCGUCCAGCCCCGCGGUGCAGCGGCGGGUUUUGCGUGUCUCUUGCCUUCCGGGUCUCUCUGGGGGACCCGUUUCCUGAGUCGGCCUUUUUCUCCCGUCCUGUGAGAGUGUGUCCCUUCUCCCCUCCCUGCCCCCUCCCCUGGCCACUUAGGGCCCAAGACAACUUCUGGAGGCUCCUUACAGUUCACCGCCGUUCACGGCCCUCCCUGAAGCCGGGGCCCUGAGAACUAGGACUCUGGGGGUGGGGGAGGGGGGAGUUCUAGUACGUUCCUCCGCCUUUGGCCUUCGCUCCAAUUGAGUUCCUCCUCCCACAGCGGUGGGAGCAGGUCCCUGGGACACCUGCGUGUUGGGUGCAGUGGCUGUGCACAUGUCACCUGUUUGCAAAGGGUUUCUGCUCCCCUCGCCCUUAGAAAGCCCGACCCGGGAGGUAAAGAGGGUCAAAGUUCUGCGAUUUGAGCUCUAGCCGGAUGCCGAGUCCCCGAGCGGCCGCGUUCGGAGCCCGUGUCCCCUCACCUGCCUGUGUUCAUCAGAGCCCCCACCUUCCCUGGCCCCUCUUGCGUCCCGCCUGGGCUGGUGGCUUUUCCUGCCUGUGCCGGGGAGACGCAAGUGUCCUGCAGUGGCGUGCAGAGGGGUGGAAGACGAGGAGGCCUCAGGGUCGUUUGUCUGUGUCCCCAAAGCCCUGACGCCGUUGAUCUGACCUGGCACAAAAGGGAAACCUGUCCCCAAACGGAGCAGUAGCAGGGGCAGCCGGGCAGCGAGGAGGGGCCAGGGUGGCUGCAGCCCUCGGGCCUCCUGGGCACUGCCCAGGCCUGGGUUUUCCCGUAGCCGCUACUGUAUCCAGGCUUCUCCCUCCCAGAGAGAGGAACUGGAACUUCAAAAACCCUGCUGAGAUCAUGCUCGAACUCCAAACAGACGUACGGGGGUCUCUUCCCCGAAGUGGCCCCCAGCCUGGUUCAUGCUCUGGGGGCCAAGCCCGCUUCCAAACUGGGAAAAAUGAUGAGACCACCACGUUCCCCGAGAGCCUGGCCCAGGGGACACCCCUGUCCCAGAGGGCCUUCCCGAAUUGCCUUGCCGACACCCCACCGUCCGGGACCAGAGGACUCGAGGGCCCCGCGUGGACUGUUCCCAAGCAGACACUCCUCUUCUGGGGCCUUCCGUAACCCGGUGGCUCAACGAGUGUGUGUGUGUCCAACGCCUUUUGCACAUGUUGGCACGAGCCCAGCUGCUGCGCUGUCACCGGGGACGGCCCUUGUCGAGGGGUGUGCCCCAUCCUAACAGGCCUCCCCGCGGGCCAGCCCUGGGCCUGGGCUGGGACCGGCCUCGGCUCUGACCAGUGGCCCACUGGGGCCCGAGGUCCGAACACCUGCUCCUCUGAUCCCACGGGCUUCCCGCUUCCGGGGACUCCAGCCUCUGUCCUCUGCCUUGUGCGGAGAGAGGGCAGCGGGGAGGGAAGAGGCAGCCGGGUCCAGCCACCGGAAAGGCCCGGGAGAGCCAGAGCACGCACCCCUGCCUCUCCUGUUUCCAGAAUUAACUAAAAUGGCCAACACAGCCUUCCGCAAGGUGGUGGGUCUCCAAAGGCCGAUUUUUCCAUUUGUUCACGAGCGCCAGUUUGGGAUUAAGGACAGGGCCUGAGUGAUCUGGGGGGAAAUCCCAGCCUUCCAUGCUCCCCUGGGCUUCUCGCUUUGCGGAACAGGGUUCCUUGGGUCCAUCCCUGGACUUAUGUCACCUGCUCUCGACUUCCCUGUCCCCCGCUUCCCUUCUCUGCCCCUGCCAGCCCCGAUCUCUGCUGCAGCCGGGCUGGGCACCAGGCUUCCAGCCCGUCUCUGACACCCCGACUUCCCCAGCUCCGCCACCCCGACUUCCCUGAGGCCAGCGUCCAUCUGCACCCGUUUAAAUCCCGGAGGAACCGACCCCUGCUUUCCCUGCUCAGCUCCGUCUUUAUUCCCGGAUAAAGUACUGGGAGGAGGUUACAUUCAUCUUAUGCAAGGCCAAAAAAAAAAAAGGGGGGGGGGGCGUUAGGCUGUAUGUUUUUACAUCAUCGCCAGCCUUGCCUGCAACUCGUUGUACACGAGCCACGUGGCAAAGAUCCGUUUGUGUGCCCUUGUCCCGUGAGCGCUGCGUGCGGGUGCCUAGCGCCUGUGCGUCGCUGGCUGGACAGUCAGUUGUUCCCGUCUGUGCCUCGCUCUCGGCAGACCCUCCUACGUCCGGGCUUCCCAUGUGGACCAGCCCCAGGGUGAGGCAUCACCAGGAAGCCUUGGCUUUGCAGACGAAAACAUCUCUGCUUUCUUUGAGGGACGUGUGGAUUUGCGCAGGAAUUCCACCCAGCUUCUUCCAAGCCACAGGUCUUUCAUAAAACCAAGGACCCUCUUGGCCUCCUGUGGGGACAUCUCUGUGUGUCCCCAAUCCCGGAGCCAAGCUGGAAACCCAAGGUCACCACUUAGAUCCAUUGUGUCCUAGGUUUGCUUUUACUGGUCAGAGAGAACAAUCUCGUCUUACCCUGGAUUGGCCCCCACGUCUGUGUGGGACUCACGGCCAGUGGAAGCCCUUGACUGACGUUGGCCAUUAGACUCUUGCAUCCGUGAAACCUAAUGUUGCUCCCCUUCCCAUGUCCCACCCCUUGUACACGCAUCGUGCCCCCUGCCCACAAAACCAGACCCCAUCCCCGGUCUCCCGCAAUUCUUGUCCUUACCUAUGGUGGAUCAGCUCAGGUACGCAGAGGAAGCUGUGCCCGCCCGCAUCUCCCGGGCCCAUGGCUGUCUUGAGAAAUCUGGACCCAUCGUUGGCAAACUAUGCCCCCUGGGUCAUAGCCAGCCUACCAAAUGGUUUGUACAUUUCUGUAAUUGAGGAAAAAAAAAAAAAAC